AUGGGCGAUCAAGAACCAGAUGUCAAUAAUCAUAUUUAUGAGGAACAUUAUUUGGCUAGUGAUGAUGACAAUGGAAUUGAAGAUUUCGAUUUUCCUGAUAAUGAUACACUAUAUAAUGACAGAUUUCAAACAGGAGAAAGCGGUAAUCCUAAUUUAGAGGACGCAAAUAAUGAUGAAGACGAAAAUCACUUCGUUGAUGAAGAUAUAGAGGUUAAUAUUGAUUACAGUGAAGGACAACCACAUGUUACUCAUGAAGAUACGGAGUUUAAUAUUGAUUUCAGUGAAGGACAACCACAUGUUACUCAUGAUUAUGUUUCUCCUGGUGGCACCUUGUAUUGGACUCCGAUUGUUUUAGACGACAUCAAACCAAAAGUUUCAUCAAAAUUUAAUUCAUAUGGCUUGGAAGAGUCCAAAAAACGAAAAAUGGGAUUAUUACAAAUAGACAUCUUGUGUGCAAUCGGGAAGGUUAGUCCUUCGGUUCGAGGUGGAUUGGUUACUAAUUUCAAGAAUGCUAGGAGGAAUCUUAAUUAUUACAUAGGUGGGAGGGACGCGAAAUUCCUUGUUGACAAGAUGAAUGAUAGGAAGAAAAAUUUCCCAUCAUUUACUUUUGAGUAUAAAGUGUUGAACAAGAGAUUGAAUUUUCUAUUCUGGGCUGACGAAACAGGAAAGUAUAGUUACAAUUCAUUCGGAGACGUUGCAUCACUCGAUCCCACAUUCAGUAUGAUAUGGUUUUUGUUCCGUUUACUGGCAUCGAUAAUCACAAAAAAAUGUGUAACAUUUGGUGCUGGUCUUUUAAGUAAAGAAGAUGGAGUUUCUUAUGAAUGGUUGCUUAGAGCUUUUUUGAAAGCUUUUAGAAAACAACCUCAAUUGGUUUUAUCUGAUCAAGAUCCAGCUUUGAAAAAAGCUAUAGAUAAGGUUUUCUCAUUGGCACAUCAUAGGUUAUGUAUGUGGUAUAUAACGAAGAAGUUGCCAAAUAAGAAUCAACUUAUACAAAUUUUAUCAAUCGAAGAUGCAACCACCAAUCAAAAAUUUCGAAAGCGUUUUCACUCUAUAAUUUGGAAUUCUAAGCUGGAACCACAUGAAUUCGAGAAUGUGUGGCGUCAGAUGUUGGAGGAGUUUAAAAUUACUGGUAACACUUGGAUGAAUACAAUGUAUGCUUUGCGAAAAUCUUGGAUCCCCGCAUUUUUCAAGCACAUUCCAAUGUCUGGUCUUAUGCGAACUACAUCACUGUCUGAAAGUCAGAAUUGGUCAUUUCAAACCACCACAUUAACCGGUUCUUAUCUUGUCAUGUUUAUGAUGACAUUUGAAUCAGUUAUGGAACGACAACGACAUAACCAAAUUCUCAAUGAUUUUAAUAUUACCACCACUUUUCCUAAAUUCAUUACCCGUACUCCGUAUGAACCUCAUGCUUCAAAUGUAUAUACACGAAAGAUUUUUUAUCAGGUUCAGAAAGAGAUAUCAAGAGCUGAAGAUAAUUGUUUCCAAAAGAAUGUGAUAUCUUCCAACGGUGUUGACACAAUUAUUGUUCUGGAGAAAACGAAGAACAUAACUAUUAGGCAAACAAAUGAUGUCGAUGUUGAUGACAAAGAUGAGGAAUACAAUUACGAUUGUCUUAUAAGGGAUACUGAAUACACGGUCACACACUCAACCAAAGAUGGUUCGUUCAAAUGUACUUGUAUGCAUUUUGAACAUGUAGGUAUCUUAUGCAGACACAUAUUCUGUGUGUUUAAGUUUUAUGGCAUCGAACAAAUUCCCGAAAAGUACAUUUUGAAACGUUGGCAUAGGGAUGUUAUUCCAACAGAAUUACUGAAAAGACGCUUCAAUAAUUCUUUUGACGAUUCUAAUUCCGACAUGACUGCUAUUGAUAUUUUUUUAACUGUUGACCGUUGUGUAGCAGAUCCUUUCAAGAAGCUUUUAGGCGUGGUUGGUCCUGAUGUAGAAUCUGAUGUUAAUGACAUUCAGAAUCCUAUAGAUAUUCGUAACAAAGGUUGCGGUAGUCGUGGGAAAAGAUUAAAAUCUACCAAAGAGAUGAUUGAGAAGGAAAGGUCGAAACCUAAGAAAAAAUGUGCUACAUGUGAACAGAUGGUUCAUCAUGACAAAAGAAAUUAUCCUCUAAAGAACGCCCAGAAAUAA